GGAGCGCGAACCUAUGGGUGGAAAGGUAUAUAUGGGUCUGUGAUUUUUGGUUAAAACAUCAUUUACAUUUCACCAACGAGUAGUAGUCAAAAGCCUAGACCGACAUGUUUUAUAAAUUGGUGGUUCUGGCUUGCUCGAUGGGGCUUUCCCUUGCCCAAUACUCCCGGCCGCAGUAUCAGCAAGUUCAGUACGAACAACAGCCCCAGUAUCAACAGCAGGCUCAGUACCAACAGCCUCAGUAUCAGCAAGAAGCAAACGCAGGUCCAGCUGCAGCUCAGUACCCAGCGGGUGUGGAUGCGCAAUCGUGUCCCAACUACCCAGAUUGUGCAAAUCCUCUCCUGACUGUGCAAGCAGUUGCUAAGGCUUCUGAUCCACGCUACCUAGUGGAUAAUGCGCCACAAGCUCCGCCCAGAGCAGAAAGUCAAUACUCUCCAGAUAUCCAGCAAAAGCUAGACCGUGGAGAAUAUAUUGGAGAUGGAGACUAUCAUGGAGAAGGUUUGGAUGACGCGCUAGCUCCACAAGUUGCAGCUAACGCCCGUUACAUUGGUCAGCAAUCGGCAUCUCCUCAAUAUUCCCGGCCAUCUUCAAGCGCUGCUCAAUAUUCUGCACAGCCAUCGGCUGGUUCUGUCCAAUAUCCAGCUCAGCAAGCCGCAUCUCAGUAUUCAGCGCAACCCGGUGCUGUCCAGUACACAGCUCAACGUGCUGCUUCUCAAUAUAUCACUCAGCCAUCUGCUGUUCAGUAUCCAGCUCAACAAGCUGCUUCUCAGUACACUACGCAAGCCCAGGGUGCUCAAUAUGGGGCUCAAAGAGCGGCUUCUCAAUACAUCUCUACACCUCAAUACAUCACAGCUCCUCAAAGUGUACGUGCUUCUCAGUACUACCAGCGGCCAUCCGCAAGCGGUUCCCAACAUUCUCAGGCUUCGCUGUAUACUCCUCAGUACCUCCAGCAACCGGCUCCAGUUCAUGAAAGCAGAUCUUACAGCCCAGUUGCUAAUUCUUUGGCUGCUGGUUCGGAACCAGUUCCUGCUGUACAGUUGCCCGCAGGGGUUGAUGCCAAUGUGUGCCCCAACUACCCUUUCUGCCACUCUUAGGUUGCAAAUAAAUUUAUAAAUUCGAAUUAAUUGUGAAUAUUUAUUGUAUAAAUUAGAGAUUAUAUUGUUUGAUAUAAAAUGCUUUGAUUUAUUAAAUCAAAUAAUAGAAGCCAACUAGGAAAACUUGAAACAUUAA